AUGAAGUACUUCUCGAACGCACGGGGCCGCGCAGUGCCUGCAAAACCACGGAUGUCCGAUGACGAAAAGAGUAGGAUAACGAGGAAAUCUCUGAUGCUUGCGAUAACAUUUAUUCCAACGACAGAAAACAUAGCUCUUCAAAACAAAUGGUUCUAUCCAAGCGACAUAGCCCAUGAUCUGGAUGGCAUCGAUCUACCAACAGAAGUAAAGGGUGAAAUUCUGGCAUGCGCUUGGGAAUACACCCGGUGUGUGAUCCCACAAUACAGUAACUGGAAGCGCUAUGUCGCUUUCAUGCGCAUUAUCAUUAUCAGUGUCAUCAGCGAGUUCCGCGGAGACAUGGUGGACGUGGUUGCCGGUCCCGAAGUCCUAGGCUACGACCUUGAUGCCGUCUUGAAUGCCCUCUUCCACGAUACGCCGGGACAUCACGCCAUGGUCCGUGAGUAUAAGUGCUCCCUUCUGGUUACAACUGAGAAGGCGAGUCACAAGCGAUAUGAUAGUGAGAUGUUUCGUCGGUAUGUGAAUGCUCUUGUUGGCUCUCCACAACAAUGGUUUCGAAUGCGGGAUUGUGACGCCUUGGCCCGUUUCACAAUUGCUGCAGCUCUUUCCUGUAAUGAUCUCGACACCUGGUAUACGGACGCGCAGUACGACAUCCUGUGUGAGAUUGGGGAUACUAUGUAUGAUGCGGUGGCCUUCUUCAAGCAUCGAUCCGAGGGAGAGACAAACAGCACUUUUGCCUACAUACCGGAGGAUGAGCGCAUCAGUGCUUUUCACGAAGCGCGGCAAGUCCUGUGGACAUUGGAUGUAGCAAUGGCAGGCAAGCCCGGCCAUACAAUCGUCACCAACUUCGUCCGCAACCUUGGUGGGCCAAUUCACAUGACAAUGCGGCGAUAUCGGUUCGUCGAAGAGGGGCUCACCAUUGGUAAGACUGAGUCUGAGGAGAUCAUCAACGAAACUCGGCAGAACUUCAAGCUUUGGAACCGCUUGGAUGCAGAUUCAGUCACGUCCCUCGAUAUCAAGCAUUAUGAUAUGCUUCUUUCCCGGUGUGAUGACCUCAUGUUUCCGGGUUUGGCGGAAUGGCUGGAAGCCGACAGCCAGCAUUGUACCCAGUGUGUAUACCGCAAGGCAUAUGGUGCACAGAGGGCCCAUUGCUUCGGUGGCGUGGAACUCUGCAGCAAGUGUCGUGAUGUGUGGCGCGAGUACCUCAAGACGCUGCCUGAACGCACGAAGCAAGCAUUUCCGGAUCUUGCCCUGGAGAUAUGA